CAAAGCCGAGGAGGGGUCGGGGUGCUGCAGGAGGGACGGAAGAGGAGGCGCGGCUCGCCCGGGCACCAGAGCCAGCGGCCCCGGAGAGAUUCGGAGCCCGAGCGCGCGGCGGGCACGGGCGCACGGGCAGGCGGAGGAGAGGAAGGCGGGCAGGCGGGCUCAGAAGCUCAGGAGCGGCAGCCCCGAUCCAAGGGGGCCCCGCUGGCUGGCAGGCAGCUCCAGGAGCCUUGAAACAAAUCUAUGUCUCACGGGCCGGCACCCACCUCUAACAUGUGUCUCCCCAAACCCUACUAGACAUCCCCCACCUCCACAGACGCUUCUCCCAGUCGCCUCCCCCUGCACACGGCCCAAUCCAGCAGCACUUCCUUGGAGAGCCAGGGCGAGGCAGACACCGGAUGUCAUGGCCCCAAUGUCCCCAAGACUGUGAGGCGGUGACAACGCUGGCGGAGGGACGUCAGAGGCAGAAACCCCAGCGUUGACAGGCUCCAGGCUCCAGCACCUUGUCUCUGCCCAAAGCAGCUGCAUGCAAGGGAGAGUCCCCACUCAGGCCCCAGACACCAUGGAGAGUCACACACUCAGCGUCCAGCAGAUCCAGCCUAAUGUCAUUUCCGUCCGUCUCUUCAAGCGCAAGGUGGGGGGCCUGGGCUUCUUGGUGAAGGAGAGGGUGAACAAGCCCCCCGUGAUCAUCUCGGACCUGAUCCGUGGGGGUGCUGCCGAGCAGAGUGGCCUCAUCCAGGCCGGGGACAUCAUCCUAGCCGCCAACGGGCAGCCAUUGGUAGACCUGAGCUAUGACAGCGCCCUGGAGGUCCUCAGGGGCAUCGCCUCAGAGACCCAUGUAGUCCUCAUCCUGAGGGGCCCUGAGGGCUUUACUACGCACCUGGAGACCACCUUCACCGGUGACGGGACCCCCAAGACCAUCCGAGUGACCAGGCCCCUGGGCCCAGCCCCUGCAGCCGUCGAUCUGUCCUCUCCACCCUUGGCCGGUACCGAGCGGCCACUGCUGGAGGAUGGGGCUAAGGAGCCACCUCUUGCCCCGGACAACAGACAGGCAGCCGGCACCCUGCCCCACGCCAACGGCAUGGCUGGGCCCCCAGGACAGGACCCUGCCCAGGCCGGGGCCAGGGUGGGCUCCCAGGAUGACCGGGAGGACAAUGAGCUGCUCACUGAGAUUCUGCCCGUGCUGAGCCUUCUGGGCAGCACAGACAGGGACAGCCACCGAGGGGGCCCUGCCGGCGCAGAGACCAGAGAUGCGGAGGUGCAGGUGGACAGAGACCUAGAUGGCAAGGGCCGAAGGCUGCUGUCCCUCAGCAUGGACAACGACCGAGUCCUCAAUGACCUCUGGGGGAAGGACAGUGCACCCAUGGUCCUCAACAACCCCUAUUCGGAGAAGGAUCAGCCCCCUGCCUCUGGGAAGCAGUCCCCCACCAAGAAUGGCAGCCCCACCAAGUGCCCCCGCUUCCUCAAGGUCAAGAACUGGGAGACAGAUGUGGUCCUCACCGACACACUCCAUCUCAAGAGCACAGUGGAGACAGGCUGCAACGAGCACAUCUGCAUGGGGUCGAUCAUGCUCCCUUCCCAGCAAGUGCGCAGGCCUGAAGACGUCCGCACCAAGGCUCAGCUCUUCCCCCUCGCUAAGGAGUUCAUUGACCAGUAUUACUCGUCCAUUAAAAGGUUCGGCUCCAAGGCCCACAUGGAGAGGCUGGAGGAGGUGAACAGGGAGAUUCACACCACCAGCACCUACCAGCUCAAGGACACGGAGCUCAUCUAUGGAGCCAAGCAUGCCUGGAGGAAUGCAGCCCGUUGCGUGGGCAGGAUCCAGUGGUCAAAGCUGCAGGUGUUCGAUGCCCGUGACUGCACCACGGCCCAUGGCAUGUUCAACUACAUCUGCAACCACAUCAAGUAUGCCACCAACAAGGGCAAUCUCAGAUCAGCCAUCACCAUCUUCCCCCAGAGGACCGACGGCAAACAUGAUUUCCGGGUCUGGAACUCGCAGCUCAUUCGCUACGCUGGCUAUAAGCAGCCCGACAGCUCCAUCCUGGGGGACCCAGCCAGCGUGGAGCUGACAGAGAUCUGCAUGCAACAGGGCUGGAAACCACCUCGAGGUCGCUUCGACGUCCUGCCCCUCCUGCUUCAGGCCAAUGGCAACGACCCUGAGCUCUUCCAGAUUCCACCAGAGCUGGUGUUGGAAGUGCCCAUCAGGCACCCCAAGUUCGACUGGUUCCAAGAGCUGGGGCUGAAGUGGUACGGCCUCCCCGCUGUGUCCAACAUGCUGCUGGAGAUUGGGGGCCUGGAGUUCAGUGCCUGCCCGUUCAGUGGCUGGUACAUGGGCACUGAGAUCGGCGUGCGGGACUAUUGUGACAGCUCCCGCUACAACAUACUGGAGGAAGUGGCCAAGAAGAUGAACUUGGACAUGAGGAAAACCUCUUCACUAUGGAAGGACCAGGCCCUGGUGGAGAUCAACAUCGCUGUUCUCUACAGCUUUCAGAGUGACAAGGUGACGAUUGUGGACCACCACUCGGCCACCGAGUCCUUCAUCAAGCACAUGGAGAAUGAGUACCGCUGCCGGGGGGGCUGCCCAGCCGACUGGGUGUGGAUUGUGCCCCCCAUGUCCGGUAGCAUCACCCCAGUCUUCCACCAGGAAAUGCUCAACUACCGACUCACCCCGUCCUUCGAGUAUCAGCCUGACCCUUGGAACACCCACGUCUGGAAAGGCACCAAUGGGACCCCCACCAAGCGGCGAGCUAUCGGCUUCAAGAAACUGGCAGAAGCUGUCAAGUUCUCUGCCAAACUGAUGGGCCAGGCCAUGGCUAAACGGGUCAAAGCAACCAUCCUUUAUGCCACGGAGACAGGCAAGUCACAGGCCUACGCCAAGACCUUGUGUGAGAUAUUCAAACACGCCUUUGAUGCCAAGGUCAUGUCCAUGGAAGAGUAUGACAUAGUGCACCUGGAACAUGAAACUCUGGUCCUGGUGGUGACCAGCACCUUUGGCAAUGGAGAUCCCCCCGAGAAUGGAGAGAAAUUCGGCUGCGCUCUGAUGGAAAUGAGGCACCCCAACUCGGUUCACGAGGAGAGGAAGAACCCGGAACCCUUGCGUUUCUUUCCCCGUAAAGGCUCUGCCCUUCCCCGAAGCGAACUGGGAGACCGGGUUCUGGCUCUAAGCCUUGACAGCAAGCACAGGAGCUACAAGGUUCGCUUCAACAGCGUGUCCUCUUAUGCUGACUCCCAGAAAUCCUCCGGCGAUGGAUCUGAGCUCAGAGACAACUUUGAGAGUACUGGCCCCCUGGCCAAUGUGAGGUUCUCAGUGUUUGGGCUUGGCUCUCGAGCCUACCCCCACUUCUGCGCCUUUGGCCAUGCCGUGGACACACUCCUGGAGGAACUGGGUGGGGAGCGAAUCCUGAAAAUGCGGGAGGGCGACGAGCUGUGUGGACAGGAGGAGGCAUUCAGGACAUGGGCAAAGAAAGUCUUCAAGGCAGCCUGUGAUGUGUUCUGUGUGGGUGAUGACGUCAACAUCGAGAAAGCCAACAACUCCCUUAUCAGCAAUGACCGCAGCUGGAAGAGAAACAAGUUCCGCCUCACCUUUGUGGCCGAAGCUCCAGAACUCACACAAGGUCUGUCCAAUGUCCACAAAAAGAGAGUCUCAGCCGCUCGAGUUCUCAGCCGUAAGAACCUUCAGAGUCCCCAGUCCAGCCGCUCCACCAUCUUCGUGCGCCUCCACACCAAUGGGAACCCAGAGCUGCAGUAUCAGCCUGGGGACCACCUGGGGGUCUUUCCUGGUAACCAUGACGACCUGGUAUCUGCCCUCAUCACUCGGCUAGAAGAUGCUCCACCGCCAGACCAGCUAUUCAAGGUGGAGCUGCUAGAGGAAAGAAACACAGCACUGGGAGUCAUCAGCAACUGGACAGACGAAGGCCGCCUCCCUCCCUGCACCAUUUUCCAGGCUUUCAAAUACUACCUGGACAUCACCACGCCACCCACGCCAUUGCAGCUGCAACAGUUUGCUUCUCUGGCCAGCAGCGAGAAGGAGAAACAGCAACUACUGGUCCUCAGCAAGGGCCUGCAAGAAUACGAGGAGUGGAAAUGGGGGAAGAACCCCACGGUGGUGGAGGCACUGGAGGAGUUCCCGUCGGUGCAGAUGCCGGCCACGCUGCUGCUCACCCAGCUAUCCCUGCUGCAACCCCGCUACUACUCCAUCAGUUCUUCUCCCGACAUGUACCCGGAUGAGGUGCACCUCACCGUGGCUGUGCUCUCCUACCAUACCCGAGAUGGAGAAGGGCCCGUCCACCACGGCGUAUGCUCCUCCUGGCUCAACCGUAUCCCAGCUGGUGAGAGCGUCCCCUGCUUCGUGCGUGGCGCCCCCAGCUUCCACCUGCCCAGGAACCCCCAAGCGCCCUGCAUCCUGGUGGGCCCUGGCACUGGCAUCGCCCCCUUCCGGAGCUUCUGGCAGCAGCGGCAGUUUGACAUCCAGCACAAAGGACUGAGCCCCUGCCCCAUGGUGCUGGUCUUCGGGUGCCGGCAGGCCAAGAUGGAUCACAUCUACAAGGAGGAGACACUGCAGGCCAAGAGCAAAGGGGUCUUCCAGGAGCUGUACACGGCCUACUCUCGAGAGCCAGAGCGGCCCAAGAAGUACGUCCAGGACAUCCUGCAAGAGCAGCUGGCGGAGCCCGUGUACCGGGCGCUGAAGGAGCAGGGGGGUCACAUCUAUGUGUGCGGGGACGUCACCAUGGCCGCGGACGUCCUCAAGGCUGUGCAACGUAUUCUCGCUCAGCAGGGCCGCCUCACGGCCGAGGACGCGGGCGUGUUUGUCAGCCGGCUGCGGGAUGACAACCGAUACCACGAGGAUAUUUUUGGGGUCACCCUGCGAACAUACGAGGUGACCAACCGCCUUAGAUCCGAAUCUAUCGCCUUCAUCGAGGAGAGCAAAAAGGACACAGAUGAGGUUUUCAGCUCCUAACUGGAUGACCUGUCAGAAGGCAGUUCCGCACCCUCGGGGGACAUGCGGGUUUCUUUAGCGCGGACACUACUGGACCUUUGCUCAGGGCCCCUGGGGUCCCCCGCUCUGCCUCUCCUGCCAUGUCCUGGUUCUCCGCCUGCCCUGGGCUGUGGCUCUCCAUGGUUUCCGGACCACCCUGACCCCAUCUGGCUUCUCCUGAGCGUCCGCUGCCCUUAGCUCGCGCAGUGUCACCCACCGGCCAUGUCCCUCAUGUCCUGCCUGGCAGAGAACCAUAUGCACAGCUCCAGGGGCUACGUCACUGUCAAGACCUCCCUGCAGGGCCCCGAAGGACCCACCCACCUUCCCAGCCACCUGCAGAGACAGCCGCCUCUGUCACCUGUAUCCCUGUGCCAUGUGGGUCACAUGUGGGUCAUAUGUGUACCUUUGUGCGUGUGCCAGGGCCCCAUCGAUCUAUUCGUGUUUUCCAAUCAGGGUCUGCACCAUGUCCUGCAUUGUUUGUAGGUCCCCUACUAGUCCCAGUGAGGGAGGGUCAAACCCUAACUGAGGGUGCCUGCUGGAGAGAAAGGUCGCCACCAAGGUGAAAGGAAAUCAGGCUCUGGACAGGGGCCCCCCGAGAUGGACUGACUAACACUCCUGCCCAGCCAGGAGGAUCCAAGGAACCUCCCUGCUUUGUCCCUUUGCCACCCUGGCCAUGCCUGUCCCUGUGUCCCCUUGUCUCUAGAAUCUGGGAUGGAACAAACCCUACUGGACCCAACCCUCACUCAGGGGGUAGGAACCUUCUAAAAGGGAAUCCUGCUCCCAAAACUGUUGGCCUGAAGAAAAUAAUCAUGACAGAUGAAUCCUCCUCUCCCAGAAGCUCAGGCCCAAUUGAUCUCGGGGUACCAGUUCAAGUCCCUUUGGACAUACAUCAAAGUCAGUAGCACUAGUCAAGAGCUACGAGCAAUUCUCACAGCCCAGCCCUGUGUUUCCUGCAAGCUGUUGGGUCCUCCUCAAAGGUGGGGUUCCCCUGGACAUCCCACAACUGGCCUGUCUUUCUUGAUGCUUCAUUUUGGCCUGCCCAAGAGAAAGAUAUCUCUGGAAGGGCCUUUAACUGAUUGUCUAAAAGGUUUACCAGGAGGGGGCAUCUUCCAAAAGCUUCCGGGUCAAAGCUCAAACUCUAACUAACCCUAACUCUCCUUCCUAUGCCCAUGCCCCGUGCUGUGCCCCCACAGCUGUGUGCCAUUCAUGAACACCCCGGCCCACUGCCAGCCACGAAGACUCAGCUCCGCAUGCCCCCCUCACUCUCUUAGCCCUCCUAGGCCCCUCUUUCGAAGUAACCCCCAUGCGUAAUGUCUGGUCCAAGCAAUUUUGUUCAUGGGCACUUUCCUUCUAACCCUUCACACUUUUGGAGAAACCCCCCCCCCCCCCCGAGAUCACAGACACCCCCAGGGGCUGCCUCUGUCCAACAAAAGCCAAGUGUUCCUGUUCUGGGGUCGAGGGAAAUGUUUUCUGAUGCAUCUCCCUACCGGCUGCUAAACAGACAGAGAAGAAAGGGGUAUAUUUUAUUGGGGAGUCCAAAGAAAUGUUUCUCUAAGCAGGAUUGUCCUCUCCUCUCCCCAAGAGUACUUCGGUCUCUCCCACGGCUUUUCUGUAACUGAGGACUCUCGGAGACACUAGACUGGCUGCCCCCAUUGUCUUUUGCUGGAAUUCCCGGUCCCAAAGCUGGGCUGGCCAGAGUGAGACUUGGAGGCAAAAUUUUCAGUUCAUGUUCAGUCUGAUUCCAAGUGGGUAAAUGCCACCCUCUGGUGGCCAACUCAAAUUCAGUCCCAGGAGUUCUGGGUGAGCAAGAAUGGGGAUGGGGUGGGUGCUAUGGAAGGAUUGGCAUCCUCUCUUCCCCUCUGUCCACAGUGGGCCAGCAAUAGCAUGAGCCCCAUCUGACCUCAAGAAUCUGGAUAGCAGGAACGAGCCCCCCAUAAGAGACUCUGAUCAGUAAGCAUCCAGAGCCCCCCACUUUGGGUUUCAAAGGAAGCAAAAGCUUCUUUUAAAAAGCUCCUGUCUGGGUGUGGGAGGUUCCCCAGGAUAGCUGUGGCAGAGGCCUCCAAGCCGAUUUAUUGCGGGAAAAUGAUUCAGACCCACCGAGACAUUGUCAGGAGCAGGUCUGUCCUAUCCAUCGGCCUCCCAGCACAUCUGCACUGAUAAUAGCACCCAGACUGCCAGGUGAACCCCAAAAAGACCCAAAAAGUUACAGGGUGUUCUCUUUACUCUUAAGGGCACAGAAGGAGUACAGAAGGGGUUGCAAGGGGGUAGUCACAAUUCUCACACUCCCAGGGUUUAAGGACGUGCCAGGGUCCCCCCCCACACACACACACAAAUACACAGUGGAUCUAAAGCAGCUAUGCCAGAAAGCAGGAAGGCCAGGCAGUCCCAGACCCCACACAGCCAGGCUUGGGCAAACUCAGGGGUUGGGGAGUGUGAAGGGAACAGAGAUGUGGAAUAGGGAGAGAAAUCAUCCACCUGGACUCCAAAAGUCCCAGGGGUGAGGGGUGCAGCAUAAGCAGGAUUUUCCCCCACCCUGUAUAGAUGAGUAGUUGGAACUGAACCCAGAAAAAUAGGUAGCCAAAGGGGCCAGAGCGAUAGGACAGCAGUAAGGCAUUUGCCUUGCAUGUGGCCAACAUAGGAUGAACCUGGUUCAAAUCCUGGCAUCCCAUAUGAUCCCCUGAGCCUGCCAGGAGUGACUUCUGAAGACAGAACCAGGAGUAACUCCU